UAGCCGCCCUCGCAGUUAGCGCGCUUGGCGAGAAGCUGCCACGCCCGCGACGCGAGCUGAGCUGCGGAGGAGACGAUGGCGAGCUUGGCGUUGGCGAUUCGGGGUCGAGCAGGCGUCUGGGCUAUGAGGGUCCUGCAAACCAGAGGCUACGCCUCGGACUCGUCGGAGAGCAUGGACUCCGGCGCUGGCUCCAUCCGGGAAGCCGGUGGGGCCUUCGGAAGGAGAGAGAAGGCCGAAGAGGAACGGUACUUCCGAGAGAAGACUAAAGAACAGCUGGCAGCCCUCAGGAAACACCAUGAAGAAGAGAUUAAGCACCACGAGGAGGAGAUUGAGCGUCUGCAGAAACAGAUUGACCGGCACAAGAAGAAGAUAAAAAACCUGCAUCACCAUCAUCAUUAAAUGCAUGUGGCCCCCACAGAAUGGCCUGCAUUAUUCCCCACUUCUGUAGAGACGUGAUUCUGAGUGAUUAAUACUUGGUCUGUGUGCUACUAACAGAUAAUAAAUUCUCACCAGUAAA